AUGUCUACCGUCCCCCGACAGACCCUCACAAUCCCCGACGAGAUGAUCCCAUACCUCUCGGACCACCUCAACUUGGACAACAUCAUCCGCUGCCCGGUAAUUGUACGCAAGGACUCUCACCAUCUUCACUUCCACACUCCGCGGAUUUGUGUGCCGGAAACGCACCCAUUUGGUCCAAUUCCGCCUCCCGAUACCCCAUAUUGGCUUAUCCUUCCGAGCAAGUUAGAGCCGGGUUGGACAUUGCCUAAGGAUGUACACUUUCUUGGUCGAGUCCUUCGAGUAGCCGAGUAUCAGGAGAGCCGUGUCAUCGUGCUCGUACAACACAUUCAGUCGCCGGCGAUCCUUAGCCUCGCUGUACCAUACGAGUACUUUGUCGGUGACACGAGUUCCUGGUGGGCGCAAGUGGUUUGGAAUGUGGUCAGCAGAGUCAAGAUCCUGCGGAAACCAGAUAACGAAGACUAUCUUCCAGGCGAGCCGCACUGUGUCUCCCUCGACCCUAUCACCAAUGAUUGGGAGAUCAAUGACGAGGUUCAGGCCACGUAUAGUCCUGUAUAG